CGGCUAGGACCCACGCGCCCCAACCGCCUCACAACAGUCCUGUACCAGACUAAGAUCCCACCGGAGUCCGUUGUCCCCGAGUGUGUCGCCACCCAUAUCCCGGCUGCUGUCCGAGGUCAGCCGGCCCCCGGUCCCGAUAUGGGCGACCUGGAGCUGCUGUUGCCCGGGGAGGCCGACGUGCUGGUGCGGGGUCUGCGCAGCUUCCCGCUACGCGAGAUGGGCUCCGAAGGGUGGAACCAGCAGCACGAGAACCUGGAGAAGCUGAACAUGCAAGCCAUCCUUGAUGCCACGGUCAGCCAAGACGAGCCCAUUCAGGAGCUACUGAUCACCCAUGGGAAGAUCCCAACACUGGUGGAGGAGCUGAUCGCAGUGGAGAUGUGGAAGCAGAAGGUGUUCCCAGUGUUGUGCAGGCUAGAGGACUUUAAGCCACAGAACACCUUCCCCAUAUAUAUGGUGGUACACCACGAGGCCUCCAUCAUCAACCUCUUGGAGACGGUGUUCUUCCAUAAGGAGGUAUGUGAGUCAGCAGAGGACACUGUCUUGGACCUGGUAGACUACUGCCACCGUAAACUAACUCUGCUGGUGGCCCGGAGUGGCCAUGGUGGCCCCCCUGAGGAGGAGGAGGGGUGCCAGGACAACACCCCCAUGCAGGAGCUGCAGAAGCAGGCAGAGCUAAUGGAAUUUGAGAUCACACUGAAGGCCCUCUCAGUGCUGCGCUACAUCACAGACUGUGUGGACAGCCUUUCCCUGAGCACCUUGAGCCGCAUGCUCAGCACCCACAAUCUGCCCUGCCUCCUGGUGGAACUACUGGAGCACAGUCCCUGGAGCCGGCGAGAAGGGGGCAAGCUGCAGCAAUUCGAGGGUGGCCGUUGGCAGACAGUAGCCCCCUCAGAGCAGCAAAAGCUGAGCAAGUUGGAUGGGCAAGUGUGGAUUGCCCUGUACAAUCUGCUGCUAAGCCCAGAGGCUCGGGCCCACUACUGUCUCACAAGCUUUGCCAAGGGACGGCUACUCAAGCUUCGGGCCUUCCUCACAGACACACUACUUGACCAGCUGCCCAACCUGACAGACCUGCAGAGUUUCUUGGCCCACCUGGCCCUGGCUGAAACCCAUACCCCUAAGAAGGACCUGGUGUUGGAACAGAUACCAGAAAUCUGGGAGCGGCUAGAACGAGAGAACAGAGGUAAGUGGCAGGCUAUUGCCAAACACCAGCUUCGGCAUGUGUUCAGCCCUUCGGAGCAGGACCUGCGGCUGCAGGCACAAAGGUGGGCUGAGACCUACAGGUUGGACGUGCUAGAGGCAGUGGCUCCAGAACGGCCCCGCUGUGCCUACUGCAGUGCAGAGGCUUCCAAGCGCUGCUCCCGAUGCCAAAAUGAGUGGUAUUGCUGCAGGGAGUGCCAAGUCAAGCACUGGGAGAAGCAUGGCAAAACUUGUGUCCCGGCAGCCCAGGGUGACAGAACCAAGUGAAGGCUGCAGAUGCUAAGGGCCGGCCACAUGUGCCAAGGGAAUCUUCCCAGAAAGCGGCCCUGAACCUCAGGAUCUCGAUCCGGCCUCUGCCAGAGCCUCAGUCUUCCUGGUGGUCAUGACAGCGGGGCCUGACAGAGUUGCUGACCCAUCUCCCCCCACCACCCCCAUCGAAGGCUCCCGACUUCCUGCCCCACCAGGCGGGUAGGCUGAGGGCGCUGCCUCAGCAAACUGGGACGGGAGGCCUGGGUGGAGGUGAGGGCCGGAUGUGGGGACCCUCUUCCUCUAGCACAGUAAAGCUGGGUUCCAGAAACAC